CACAGAAUAGAAUUAGAUUCCGGCGCCGCUGGUAUGUAAGAUGUUGUUCGGUGGUCCUAUAAAAAGAUUAUAUUUUAGUUUACGUUUCACAUCUUCAAAAAUUAAUUAAUUAAUUAAGGUGUGCUUGAAAACUAACUUGUGUAAGUUGAGUUCGUAGUAGAGCGUGUUGUUCAGUAUCAGUAUCAGUAUCAGUAUCAGUAUCAGUAUCAGUAUGGCAGGGACGACGCAGCCGUGGGAGAAGCUUGAGGGGAAGGUGGUCAUGGUCACUGGUGCGUCCUCUGGUAUCGGACGUGAACUCUGUCUCGACCUCGCUAGAGCUGGUUGCCUCAUCGUUGCCGCUGCCCGUCGAACUGAUCGCCUCCGUACACUCUGUGACCAGAUAAACGGUUCUGGAUCGAAGGAGGUCGAUCGGGAAACGAAGGCCGUCCGAUCGGUGGCAGUGGAGCUUGAUGUGUGCGGCAAGAGCACCGAGAUCGAAGCUGCUGUUAAAAAGGCCUGGGAUGCCUUUGGCCGUAUUGAUGCCCUUGUUAAUAACGCUGGUAUUAGAGGUUGGGUAUAUUCCCCACUAGAUUGGAGUGAAGAAGACUGGAAUACCAACAUCAAAACCAAUCUAACUGGACUAUGGUUAGUAUCCAAACAUGUCUGCACACGGAUGCGGGAUGCAAAACAAAAAGGUUCAGUAAUCAAUAUCUCAUCCAUUACCGCUCUUGAUCGUGGCCAGUUACCUGGAGCACUUGCAUACUGUGCAUCAAAAGCAGGAGUCAACAUGGUCACCAAGGUCAUGGCUUUGGAACUUGGGGUGUAUAACAUCCGAGUGAACGCGUUAGCACCAGGAUUAUUCAAAUCAGAGAUCACACAAGGACUGAUGGGAAAAGAAUGGGUUAACAAAGUGGCUGAGAAGAUUGUUCCAUUAAAGACUUUUGGCACAUCUGAUCCUGCACUGACAAGGGUAGUUCGCUACUUGAUUCAUGACUUGUCGGAGUAUGUUACUGGCAAUAUCUUCAUCGUAGAUGCAGGAGCCACCCUCCCUGGUUUUCCUCUCUUCUCUUCCCUCUGAAUUAAUUGUCUCCAGCUUCAUCCAUAUAUAUAUAUAUAUGUUUAGGUGUCUGAUUUUGAUUACAUAUAUAUCAGUGUGUUUGGUUCUGAAUAGCAAGUGGGUUUGCCAUCAUGUCAUGUGUGCCUGCCCUGCUCUUGUUGCUUGAGGGUUUUGUAUAACUGAAAUGCAUGGCUAUGUUUCAGUUGUUUCUGUUCAGAAAAUUAAUACCGAAUAAGACUGAAAUGCA